AUGGCACACCGUGCCAAAUUUCGCGCCUCCAAACAGCUCGCUUCCCUCUCCUCCGCCGCUCUGUCCGAAAUCCUGGGCGUUUCAUCUUCGGAAUCUCCUACUCCAGUAAUCACAUCUGUCUCCGCAACUCCGAUUUUCGCUUCCGAGCUACCAUCCUCGUCUAGUACGCCACAGAACGAGCCGACCGAACAAGCCGCCAAGCCUCCUGCCAUCAUAGACGACCAGCUCACUACAUCCUCGACGUCGGUUGCGGACUACUUUGCGGCAAAACUCAAAGCCCGGCGUGCACAUAUCACAAAUAGCACAAUCGAACAGCCGGCCAUCCAGCCUACGAUCACUAAGCCGGAGUCAACCGAAAUAGUCGAGGACCGUAAACGUGACAAGAAACGUAAGAGGGGAAACCGGAAUAUCGACCAAAACGAGGAAGCCGAGAAAGCCGCUAUUACAGUGGCGGAGAUAUCCUCAGACAAGAAAGAGCGGAAGAGGAGAAAGAAAGAAGAGCGGAGUAAAGAUCCCGAAUCGUCAAAGGCCAGUAAAAAGAAGCGACUAAAAGAGUGA